UUUGUCUGCGUUGGUGGCAGCCCAAACAGGAUGAGAGCAUUUGCCCAGUUCAUGCACAAGGAGCUGGGACUGACAGGCGACGGGGAGGACCUGGCAGACAUCUGCGCGGGGACGGACCGGUAUGCCAUGUACCGGGCUGGGCCAGUGCUCUCCAUCAGUCACGGGAUGGGCAUCCCUUCCAUUUCCAUCAUGCUUCAUGAACUAAUCAAACUGCUGCACCAUGCAAAAUGCCGAGACGUUACUAUUAUACGCAUCGGUACUUCUGGAGGCUUAGGGAUCGAGGCCGGGUCUGUUGUGAUCACGGACACAGCAGUGGACUCCUCCUUCAAGCCACAGUUUGAGCAGGUGGUGCUGGAUGAUGUGGUGGUGCGGAGCACUGAGCUGGACAAGGACCUCGCGGAGGAACUACUCGCCUGCAGCAAGGAGAUUCCUGACUUUCCCACGCUCAUCGGCCAUACUAUGUGCACCUACGACUUCUAUGAAGGUCAGGGGAGAUUAGACGGAGCAUUGUGCUCUUUUUCCAGUGAAAAAAAGUUAGAGUACUUGAAAAGAGCUUAUGACGCCGGUGUGAGGAACAUUGAAAUGGAGUCCACGGCGUUUGCUGCCCUGUGCGGGCUGUGUGGCCUGAAAG